AUGCUGCAGGAACUGCAGCAACAGAUGCAGCAGCAACGACUGCAGCAGCAACAACUGCAGCAGCAACGACUGCAGCAGCAACGACUGCAGCAGCAACGACUGCAGCAGCAACGACUGCAGCAGCAACAAAUGCAGCAGCAACAAAUGCAGCAGCAAGAACUGCAGCAGCAUUUGCUGCAGCAACAGCGAAGUUUGCUGUUGGCGAUAUUUGGUGAUUUUAUAAAAAUUAAUUUUAGCUUUAAGCCGCCGGGUGUACAGACACUGGAAAUUUGUUUCGAUGCGGCAACUGCGCCUGCAGCAGCAGCAGCAGCAGCAGCUGCUGCUGCUGCUGCUGCAGCUGCGGCAGUAACAACAAGUGCAGCAGCAGCAGCAACAGUAGUAGCAGUAGCAGCGUGUAGAGAUAGAGAGUUAGAGAGACAGACAGAGAGACAGAUAGACAAACAUAAAGAUAGAGAGGAGACAAACAAAGAAAAAUAUAAAGAGACAGAUAGAGAGAGAAUACAAACAAACCAACAAAAAGAAAAAAUGUGA